GGUAAGAUUCCUACACCAAAUGGACCCCAGGGUGGAUCAUGUCCAGGGCUCUCCACCCCACCCCAGCUACCCCUCACAGUGCUGCACCAGGUUGGAAGAAGAUUCAUCCCACUCAGUAUGGAUGUCUUUGGCCUGGUCCCUACGCUAACUUUGCUUCAUAUUGUGUUCCAAGUACCCUCAUCUUCAGAGCCUCCCUUUGCACCCACACUUUCCGUGCAGCCCGCAUACCAGAAGUACUUUGAAGGCGAGACAGUCAGGCUUAUCUGCUGGGCAUUUCGAAACCUGACUGUGCUUCAAAACGUGACGGUGCAAGGUUACCGAUUCUUCCGAGAGGGUGGGCAGCAAAUCUUCCAAAUGGCCCCAGACCCUACUGGAGAGGGCAAAAUGGAUUUUCGGGCACAAAUGAACAACACUGGAAAUUACAGCUGUGCUUACUGGCUGGAAGAAGCAGGCAAGAAGGUUCAGUCGCCCCAAAGCAAAGCCACCAGCAUCCAAGUGAAUGAGGCUCCAUUAGCUCCAUCGCUGUCUAUGAAUUCCACAUUUUCCAACCCGGGAGACUCCGUCAGCCUGGAAUGCUUAGCUCCACCUAAGGCUAACGAAAUUGUGCAGUUUCGCUUCAUUGGAGACAAAAUGGCUGGCUUAGUCAUAGCUGCACACAGUAGCUUCUAUAGAUACAACCUAACCGUCAUGGAAGACAAGACUGUGGGAACAUUCAGGUGUGCCUACAGUCAGCAUCUCUAUGGAAGAACUGUAAAUUCCCAGAUGAGCAAUCCAGUCCUCAUCCUUGGGCAAGGUGUCAGAUGGGUUCGAUUGUUGGCUGUCGGUGGGUCUUUCUUCAGCAUCAAUGGUCUCAUCUUCUUAAUCUUUCAUUGUCUUCUUUUAAGACAAAGGUAAGGCAGAUUUGGGGGGAGGGAUGGUAGAAGGGUAAUAUCUCAGAGAUUUGGGGUUUUCAUUAUCCCUAUACCUUUGAGAAGAUAUAUUGAUAAAGGUGGGACUUAAUACACCCACCGAGGGAAAGACAAGCAUAGAAAUCUUGUUUUAUCUCCAAAAUAUUUGCCUCGAUUUUCAGAGUCUUGUUCCUGAUAAGCAAGGACUCUAGUUCCCAUUAUCUGAUCAUGAGCCAUGGCUAAGGAUGAUGGGAACUAUAGGCCAACAUCUAAAGGGCCACUUUUUCCCAUUUAGGACUUAAAGCAUGAGUUUCUUGACCCACGAGCUAAAUUUGACCUUUGCAAAGAUUGGUAUAUUCCAAAAAAGUGAGAAAGGCCAGAGGAUGCUGGUGGAGCUAUGAAAGCUUAGAUAUGAUUAAAAUAAAUUAAAUGUGUUCCCUGUGAUAACUUCCU